UUGCUUGUGUGACUGGAGGAUUCAGUCGAGUUCUUUAGAAAAUGUCUUCAUUUAUCUUAUAGUUAGUUAUAAUUUAACAUUGGCCAAGGAAUCCUUUGCGAGCAAAAAUGAAGAUUAAUAGGUAUUUGCUGCCUAUUAAGGCUCACUACUUCUUUUUCAUGGCAGCAAUGGGUCCUAUUCUACCCCAACUGCCCGUCUAUGGGAAAGAAAUGGGCAUAUCAACAGUAGUUAUGGGAACUGUUACAGGAAUUCUGCCCAUAUCGUUCCUCAUCGCUAAACCCCUGUUUGGUCUACUCGUUGACUUCUACCGAAAUUAUAGGAAAACCAUUUUUAUGCUGAUUAUUUUCACGAUGGCAUUGUCUUUUACUGGUAUAGCGUUCAUACCGGUGCCCAAAGUCAUUAGUCACACUAUAUUGGAAGGUCCAGUACAAGAGUAUUACUUGGAUACAUGUAAAUUGAUAGAUUUCGAACAGAUUAACUGCCUUAAUCACACCAAAAGUGUACAAUGCUACUCGGACUGUUUUGAACAUGCAGAUCAAUUUUUCCUAACAUCUUGUAGCACCGAGGGUUAUCUAAACUCCACUGAAACAUCGGUUAUGAAGCUUUGUUCAUCUGAAAAUAAUUCAUAUUCGUUAUGGAUCGGCAACAGUAGUUGUCACAUUAGAUGCAUGGAAAAUGUUGAAUAUGAGGACACUAAAGUGUACCAAUCCAUCACAUUUUGGAGCUUCUUAAUACUCAUGUCUAUAGGAACUAUUGGAUUCAAUGUGUCUAAUUCGAUUAGCGAUGCCAUUUGCUUUGAUGUAAUUGGUGAAGAGUAUGACUAUGGGAAGCAAAGAGUAUGGGGUACCAUAGGAUUUGGGAUUACGGCCCUUCUUUCCGGUUAUAUAGUAAAUCUCUUUUCCGGGCAAAUAAUUUCCUAUAUUCCAGCCAUUAUAGUGAUGGCAGUUUUUUCAAUUUGUGAUUUGUUGUGCUGUAUUAAAUUAAAGCUCCCAAUUAUGGAAGUUCCACAUAACAUUAUUUCCGAACUAAGGAUUCUAAUGAAUAAUCGUCAUGUGGUUACUUUUAUGGUAUUCACUGUCUUGGUUGGAGUUCUCGACGGAUUUAUCAUUUAUUUCUUAUUUUGGUAUGUUGAGGAUCUUGCAGCUGCAACAAACACCGGCAAUAUAAAGCUGCUAGAAGGACUAAUCGUUGCUGCUGAGACUUUGGGAGGAGAAGUUGUCUUUUUCUCUAUAUCAGGCAAAAUUCUGGAAAGGUUCGGCCAUGUGCACUCUUUCAGUAUGUGUUUUGUAAAUUAUGCUCUACGACUCGCUCUAAUCUCUCUGGCUCCAAAUCCUUGGUGGGUUUUGCCGAUUGAGUUAUGCUUCCAAGGCCCAACUUAUGCUCUAACUUACACCACGGUAGUUGCCUACGCCAAUGAACUGGCCCCACCUGGGGCUUCUGCCACUAUGCAGGGAAUUGCUGCUGGAAUGGAUGACGGAAUUGGUUACGCAAUUGGUAGCAUAACCGGAGGAAUCCUAUACAAAUACAUUGGCGGAAAAAGCGCUUUGCAAGUGUUUAGCUCACUCGGGGUGUUUUGCAGUGUUAUACAUUUAGUGCUGCAUAAAACCUACUUAAAAGGGCACGAAGCCCCAGUGAUCCUCAACGGUAAUAAUGAAGUUGUCUAUAAACCGCCCAAAGAAGCCGUUGAAAUUACUAGAAGUACUUAAAUCUGGAAUUGGUAGAAAGAGAUUGAUUAAAUGAUACACCUUAGUUUAUUAAAGCUC